GUACUAUUGUGCAUUAUGAUGAGCCAUUCCCCAGGCAGGGGGCGGGAGAGAACAACCAACAGUAGUCUUGGAAAGUCAGCAGCACCACCUCCUUCUCUGCUGCCUCCUCAGGACGCUCCUGAAGUGAGCCGCACUGCUUGGGAAGAACCAGGACCCAAAAGGAACCGGGAGGGGGGGGAGAUACUGGAUAACUAUUAGGACACAUUUGGUGUUAAUGAUUUUAGAAGUAUUACUUGGAUUUUAAAUUGUUUGCGCACGUUGGAUUGUUUGGGUGACUUUAUUGGACACGGUUUUUGCGCACCAGUGUGACGCACAGCGCAGAUUGACGCUCAUAAAUUGUGGAUUUUUAUUUUUAUUUUUAUUUUUUUUUUAAUGAAAAACACCCAAAAACAGUAUCUACUGCCUGAUCACUUCUUCUCCGUCAUUUCCAUCGAGGACCGGACCGCUUGAGACGCGCACCGCGCUCCGCAACACCGUCCCCCAACCCCCUCCAGAGCGCACACCGCCGAGGACCGCGGGCCUCCGGAGCCUCCAUAAAUGCUCGGCCCGUCGCAGAGGCUCCAGGCUGGGCGGCAAGAUGAGCUCCACCGUGCAGCUGCUGCUCGCAUUACUGGCGACGUGUGUGCCGUUUGGCGUGGCCGAGGGGGAUCCGCUUCCUGCAGCCCUGGUGGAGCUGGUUAGAAACAGUCCCAUCUCCUCCAUUGAGGACCUUCAGCUGCUUCUACUCACUGAUUCCGUAGAUGAGGAGGAGGGAAACUCGGCAACAAAUGGGGGUCACAGACUACCAAGGAGCCUCGUUGCCCAGCCAGCGCAGCAAGCUGUGUGUAAAGUUCGCACCGAGGUGGUGGAAGUCACCAGGGCCAUGUUAGACCGGAGCAACGCUAACUUCCUGUUAUGGCCGCCAUGUGUUGAGGUGCAGCGCUGCUCUGGAUGCUGCAACACCAAAAGCCUGCAGUGUGUCCCUGUUGUCACACACACACGAUACCUGCAGGUGAUGAAGAUCGAGUACAUCAACAAAAGACCUAUUUACGCCAAAGCGGUGGUGUCGGUUGUGGACCACGUUGAGUGCCGAUGUCAGCCUGCUCCACGACCGCCGGUGCUGAAGAGAAAGUCCUCUCGCCGACAUCACGGCCACAAGGACCAGCAUCGAAACCAGACUCUAAGUCAAGGACAAGGACAGGUGAAGCUGCACUCCAAAGAUGAGCUGCAUCAGUGGGAUGAGCUGAAACAGAACCAGGGUUCUGUUCUGGUGGACCUCCUGGAGCAACACUGGAGCCCCAGAGGAGACACCUUCACUCAGCCCGGAGAAGGCUACAGCAUCGCAGGAGGGGAAACAUCUCCAUCUGAAGAGGUUCUCUUUGCCCCGCGUUGGACGCAUAACUCCACGGGGUUCAUUGACACGAAGGAGACCAACGGAAGCAACAAGACUCUACCUUCUUCACUGGAUCACGUUGGUUUCAACAAAACAUUAGACGGUGGUCAGGGAUUGGUGCUCAGCAGCAGCCAUGAUGGAACCGAGGGUGAAGGUACUCAAAUCAAACACCCACACUCCAACCAUGUUACUCAGAAACCUCAAGUUUCCAAGUGGAGUCCACUUGAGGAAACCAGGUUUGGGAGCAGGUCCGGACCCACCAAAGAACCCAACCCGGAGCCUCGGGAACAGGCCAGGCGAAGAAACAACAAGACACCGGAGGAGGUGAAAAUAUUGCAGAUUGCGGAGAAAAGGUUAAAGGAGGAGAGAAAGGAGCUACUCCUCCUGCACAAGAGGUUGGACCAAGAGAAGGAGGUGCUGAAGCAACAGCAAAAGAAGCGAGAGGAGGAAGACGGGCACCUCCUCGGUAGGCAUCGGCAUCUGCCAACAACCCCCCCUCGGCCAGAGACAACAACGAUGGCCAUCAAACAGCAUUCGCCGGUUCCACCCGGGCCCAGACCUCCGGGGCAUCCCAAGAAAAGGAUGAGAAAGAAUCGCAAACGGAUAAGCAAGGCAGCUAUGAGAGCGAUGCUAAUGUAACGGCUGGGAGGAUCCAGGUUCCAAUCAAAGUAUUCAUCCUCUGAGAAGCCAUAACUACGCCACAGGAUGAAGUGAGAAGAAAGAAAAAAAUGGAAUAUUAAGAAAAAGGACUACACUUCAUUUUAGCAGAAGUUGCAAGCCGGCGCCCAAAGACUUUGGAAUGAAUGUUUGCCGAACUUCCUGAAGUGGACAAAGCGGCGUAACUUCUCUCCACGGACCCUUGCAGACCUUGCACUUAUACAGUAUGUCCACACCCAUAAAGACUUGUAAAUACUGCUACAUGGCGAUGAUACGAGAGAGGGGCCGAGCUAGCGUGUAUAUAUUUAAUUCCGUCUAACACUUUGCAAACACUGGAAUUGAACCGACAAGUCAGAGUGAGCAGGUGACCGUGUCGGACCCCGUUUCUUAUUUAUUUACCUUUACUACGACUAAGCUCCCUUCAUUGAAACCAAUGUAACAACUGUUUUUUUUGUUUAUUGUUUAUUUUUUCAGUGUCAUGUUGUGUUGGGUUUGCAUGUCAAUUGUGUGUUAUAUUGCAAACUGAUGUCUUUUUGGUUGAACCAAUCACAUUCCUGAUAUAAUAUAAAAAAAACACCUGCCAUUUCAUGUUUUAAGUGU